AUGGCAAACAAUCUUUUCAUGGAAACCAAGAUUCUAAACCCUAAUACGUCCUAUCUAAGUUUUGGGAAACCAAAAUCUGAUGGUAGCUUGAACGAUCACAACAUGAGCGAUGAGGACGAACCAAGUUUCAUGGAAGACGGAAGUGGGGCGAAAGGUAGAAAGGGCAGUUCAUCACAAUGGCAGCGAAUGAAAUGGUCAGAUAGCAGAGUCAGACUUUUGAUCCAGAUCGUGGCUUCUGUAGGAGACGACGAUGGCGCCAUUGACGGUGGUUCAACUCGGAAAUCCUCCGGAUGCUUACAGAAAAAAGGAAAAUGGAAAUCUGUUUCAAAAAUCAUGGUUUCAAAAGGAUGCCAAGUUUCACCACAACAAUGCGAGGACAAAUUCAACGAUUUAAACAAAAGGUACAAACGAUUAAACGAUAUUCUUGGGAGAGGAACUUCAUGUAGAGUUGUUGAAAACCCAUCUUUAAUGGAUUCAAUCCCUCGUUUAUCUCCAAAAAUGAAAGAAGAUGUGAAAAAGAUCUUGAGUUCAAAGCAUCUUUUUUACCCAGAAAUGUGUGCUUACCAUAAUGGUCAAAAGAUCCCGAAUUGUGCAGAACUUGAGUCAUCACCCAUUGUGGGGCAAUCUUCAAAGGAUGAUGAUUCAGAUCAUGAGGAUGAUGAUGAGAGUGAAGAUGAUGAUGAAAGUGAAGAUGAUGGGGAAAGAGAAAAAGUGCAAAAGAAAGAAUGGGUUAUGAAGCGAAUGGUGAUGUUGCAUGAACAAAGAAUUGGGAUUGAAAGUGAAGCAUUUGAGAUGGAGAAAAGGCGGUUUAAAUGGCAGAGAUUUUGUGAUAGGAAAGAUCGAGAGUUGGAAGUUUCAAGAUUGGAGAAUGAGAGAUUGAUGUUGGAGAAUGAGCGAAUGACGUUGCAAUUAAAGCGUAAGGAUCAUGUUAUGGAUUCAGUUAGCAGCUAG